AUGUAUGAGAAUGGAGCAGCAGUCGUCAGCAGGCUUAAUGGCCUCGAGGCAAUUGGACAGGCCUUGGAAACAAGGCCGACGUCGUUUUGGCCAAAGGGAGCACAAGAUACCAGCCUAAUCGGCCUGCCAGCUGACUCGGGCGGAUCAGCUGAUUGGCUGCCUGACAGUCUACAGCUGGGCAACUGGACGGUAGAACACAUGACCAAAACAAAAGCGCCAAAUUCACUGGUAGUGCUUUCACUGCUUCAUUCUUUAAUGUUUAUUUCACAAAAGGUAUAA